GCCUGACCGAGACAACGGCCACAUUGGGGCGGAAGCCAGUGUGGAUUUUCCAGAGAAGAAGGCGAAGGCGGGACACGCACCGGGUGUGAAAAUCACAAAUGUCGUCAAGUGACGGAAGGUCCAGGAUUCGGGACAGGGGCUAUAGUGAGGUUCCCAGGGACACGCCUUGUCCAGAUGGUACCGUAAGAACGUUCCAGUCUCUUCACAGCAGUGAGCUGGCUGUGAGCGCAGAUCCUCUGCCUCCUCCCCCUCUCCCAUUACAGCCACCAUUCGGCCCCAGCUUCUACUCAAGUGACACAGAGGAACCAGCCGUGGCACCAGACCUCAAGCCGGUAAGACGCUUUGUUCCCGACUCCUGGAAGAACUUCUUCAGAGGGAAGAAAAAGGACCCAGAAUGGGACAACCCGGUGUCUGAUAUCAGACACAUCUCCGAUGGUGUGGAGUGUUCACCUCCAGCCUCUCCCGCAAGAGCAAACCACCACCCUUACAAAGACCCUUCCGGAGGGUCACAAGGCACCUUUAAUUCCCAGCACGAGGCAGAUGCCAUGUUUCCCCACGACCCCUAUGCAUCCUUAGACCGGCGCACGCAGACGGCGCGGACGUAUAGUGAGAAGGUAGAGGAAUACAACCUGCGCUACGCCUACAUGAAGUCGUGGGCAGGCCUGCUGAGAAUCCUGGGUGUGGUGGAACUGCUUCUGGGGGCCGGCGUCUUCGCGUGUGUCACGGCUUACAUCCACAAGGACAACGAGUGGUACAACUUGUUUGGCUAUACACAGCCCUAUGGCAUGGGAGGUAUGGGCAGCCUCGGCAAUACGUAUGGGGGUUAUUACUACAGUGGCCCCAAGACCCCCUUCGUCCUCGUGGUGGCUGGAUUGGCUUGGGUCACCACCAUUAUUAUUCUGGUGCUUGGCAUGUCCAUGUACUACCGCACCAUCCUCUUGGACUCUAACUGGUGGCCCCUGACUGAGUUCGGAGUCAACGUUGCGUUGUUUAUCCUGUACAUGGCUGCAGCCAUAGUCUAUGUGAACGAUACCAACCGAGGUGGACUCUGCUACUACCCGUUAUUUAAUACGCCAAUGAAUGCGGUGUUCUGCCGGGUAGAAGGAGGUCAGAUAGCUGCAAUGAUCUUCCUGUUUGUCACCAUGAUAGUUUACCUCGUCAGCGCCCUGGUCUGCCUAAAGCUGUGGAGGCACGAGGCGGCUCGGAGACAUCGGGAGUUCCUGGAGCAGCAGGAGAUAAAUGACCCGUCGUUGUCAUCAAAACGGAGAGUGUGUGAAGUGGCCACCAGUGACCGGCAGAGAGAUCACGAAGUGAAUGUCAAAGAGUUGAGAACAACAACUAAAAUGAUGCCCGAGCUGCUGAGUGGGCACAUCCCUCCCGGCCACAUUCCGAAACCCAUCGUGAUGCCCGACUACGUGGCAAAAUAUCCUGUGAUUCAGACGGAUGACGACCGAGAACGCUAUAAGGCUGUGUUCCAAGACCAGUUUUCAGAGUACAAAGAGCUGUCUGCGGAAGUGCAGGCCAUCCUGAGGAAGUUUGACGAGCUGGAUGCGGUGAUGAGCAGGCUACCACAUCAUUCUGAAAACCGCCAGGAACACGAGAGAAUUUCAAGAAUUCAUGAAGAGUUUAGGAAAAAGAAGAAUGACCCUUCAUUUCUGGAAAAAAAGGAGCGUUGCGAUUACCUCAAGAACAAACUUUCUCACAUAAAGCAAAGAAUUCAAGAAUACGAUAAAGUGAUGAAUUGGGAUACGCAAGGUUACCCCUAGACACUGUUUAGUCACUGCCUCUGUGUUGGUCUCCUGGGUGAGGAGCAGGCACUUCCAGGUCAUCUUCUGCUUGGUUUAAACAUAUCCUAGGUAAACACUGUGAUUUCACUCAAACAUUUCAAAACAGUUUCAAACCCGGGAGGGCCUUUACUGAGACGAGAGAGACAGUGUAUACAGCUGUGCACAGUUUAAUGUUUUUCUCAUGAACAUGGGCUUGAAGCCAAGAUCAGUUGUCACACUCUACGCUCUUGGGCAAGUUGAUCAAUCCUCUGUGCCUGUUUCCUCUGUAAAAUGAUACCUACCUCAUAGGGCAGUUAUGAGACUAUACGGGCUCACCUUUAUUUCUCAGGCAUCUGGAACAGAGCCUGCUGCUGCUGUAAAAGAGCCACGUUUGUGUGGGGAGUGCUGUGGAUGUCGGUGGAGGAUGAGCUACACAGGAUGAGUUUCAGGAAGCAGUCUGGAUUGAGCAAGCGUCAACAGCUGACCAGAGGCACGUGUCCCAUAAUGCCCUUGUGUUUUUCGCCUUUAGCACUGCAGCCUUACGUGGAAGUUUCACUGUUGCCUGUGAGCUGUUAUAGCCCUUCAGGGCCUCUAUGUCUGUAAUCAGGGUCACUGUGCAUAGAUCCCCAUGUGCCCACAGCCCAUGCCGUGUGCAUGCGAGAGCGACGCCUUUCAGUCUACUUGGAGUCUCUCCUGUGAUUCAUUGCCACACCUUCCCCAGAAGAAUCUGUGUGACAGUUUCCACCCACUACAGCUUCCAGUCAAACAAUUAACCAAUGUCCAAAGGGUUUUACAAAGUAGUGAAGUAAUGAGUGGAGCUGGCAGAGGCCCGGAAAGUUCUGGCGGCUGAGGACCAGAUUCGUUUUGUUUUGUUUUUUGUUUUUGUCAGUGAAACCUGGCAAUACUUCUGCAGACUAACUUCUGUAGUGAGACCUUGUCUUAGAACAGGAAACAAAAAAUAAAAUAAAAUAAGGAGGAAGGAGAAGACGAGUACUAAAUCAAUAAAAUAAAAUAUGGUAGCAUGUGCACACCACCCUGGCACUCAGGAGCUGAGGCAGCAGAAUAUCAAGUUCAACGCCAGCCUGGGCUUCAGAGAAAGCACCCCCCUCCCUUUUUAAUGUAAGAUAUUGCCAUUUUAUACAUUUAAAAAGUUUGGGUUACACAGAGAAACCCUGUCUUGAAAAACCAAAAAAAAAAAAAAA